AUCAUCACAGUGCUGUGUAGAAUGAUGAGUGCCUGUGACUCGCGGUCGUGACCGUGAGGUGCUGCGAUGUAGGCGGUGUGCACCGUGUUCUCUAUGUGUAGCACGCAGCGGGCGCGGGUGUCGAGGAUGCACCUCCCGGGGGUGUCCAGCGGAGCCGUGUCACCCGACACCAGCUCCACGCUGCUUCACGAGACCUAUACAAAAAUGACAUCUGACAUACUAGCUGAAAGAACUUUGGGUGACUUCCUGUCGGAGCAUCCCGGGGAGCUAGUGAGGACGGGGAGCCCGCACUUCGUAUGCACUGUACUGCCACCUCACUGGCGCUCUAACAAGACGUUGCCGGUGGCGUUCAAGGUGGUGGCCCUGGGUGACGUUGGUGACGGCACCCUAGUGACGGUGCGGGCUGGGAACGACGAAAACUGCUGUGCGGAGCUACGUAACAGUUCCGCGGUGAUGAAGAACCAGGUGGCAAAGUUUAACGACUUAAGAUUCGUCGGCCGGAGCGGUCGCGGUAAAUCGUUCACGUUAACGAUAACGGUAUCAACGUCGCCACCACAAGUAACGACAUACAACAAGGCGAUAAAAGUAACAGUGGACGGACCUCGGGAGCCUCGCUCUAAAACCAUGUUGUCUCUCCUAGGGCAGCAGCAGCAGUUCCACUUCGCCUUUGGUCAGCGGCCGUUUCCGUUUCCACCUGAUCCUCUAGGCGGGUUUCGAAUGCCUCCCAUCACGACAUGCCAAAAUAUGAGUCAAUUUGGAUUAAGUUCAAGCAAUUCACACUGGGGCUAUGGCGGUGCAGGUGCGUAUCCUGCGUACUUACCAUCAUGUGCAGCGCCUACUGCCACCCAGUUUAACCCACCAGCUCUUGGCUUCGCCGGGACUGUUCCAGAACAGACAUCCACACAGGACUUCACAAAUAAUACAGUUUUGCCAGAUACGACGGGAGUGGACCUCGACCAGCAGCUAUCAGGUCUAGUGAGUUCGUCUCCCUCGCACCACGGCAGCCUUCUACCACGUUACAAUAACAACACAGACUACGGCCUUUCUACGGGGCCACGAUCAUUAAGCGACAAUAGUUCUCAACCCGAAUCACCGAUACAAGACGACCUGCUAACUUCGAACACGACAAACAUAGGGCAUAACACCAAUAGUUCAAACUUUUCCCUAAUGGGCUCUCAAAACUCCACCUACGGAAGUAGUAACUGUAACAAUUCGCUCUACCCUGUCCUCCCGGCUAGCCUCCUAUACAGCCAGUUGUAUACCGCCGCGAAUCAAACGCACAAUUUUCACCCAUUACACUCGAACACAAUACAUUCAACUCAGAGCCACAAUGAAUUGCAGACUAUGAUGGAUCAGAUAUCGUCGACGACGAAUAAUCAUAGACAUAAUGGCCAAGGCGAUUUAUUGUUGGGCGGAGGCAACUCUUGUGCUGCGGCUGCGGCGAGGGGUGAAGAUGGGAGAGUCAACAAUCUUGGACAAAGGGGAAAUCCUCAACCGGAUAGUAAUACUGUUUGGAGACCCUAUUAAGUCAUCUUUGAAGGAGCCGUAACGUCUUGUAGCAAGGUACUAAAAACUUUAUAAGUGAUGAGUUAUUCACUCAUAUUUGGUGAGAUUUCAUUAGUUUCACUAAAUUUGUUACCCAAAACUAGAUUUUGAAAAUUAACCAAUUAAAAUUCAGUUGCUAUACGACGUUAUACGCCCGGAAUAUAGAUAAUUUCAAACCUAAGGUGUAUAUAAAAAUGUCAACGAAAUAGGUAAAUGUAUUUAAAAAUCGUCGCUCCCGUCCUAUAUUAUACGAUUGAAUCCGAAAAACUAUCAAUAAUUACUAUGGAUUAUUUCGUAGCGAUUCUCAAUAUUCGAAAAUAUUAAUGUAAAUAUUGUGAAUAUUUUGUUGUAAAUGCGACUUGUAAAGUGCAAUAGUUGUGCAGUUAAAGUUGAGUAGGUGUAUAAAGUAAUAAGACAUUUGUUGAUUAGAUGUCAAGUCUGUCCAAUAUAGACUCAUAGAUACCUCGAAGUAGGUACAGCUGUGUCCCCUUGAGCUUGACUGUUUUAUUUGCAUUUAUAAUUAAUGUGCAAUAUUUAUCUUAUAUUAAUUUAGUAUCUUCUUUUAUUAUUUCAUAUCCUAUUCGCGGAUUAAUUAUUUUCAUAAUUAUUGUAAUUUUCGUGCUUUAAUAUUGAAUGUGUCAUCUCUGUUACUAUUAAAGAAAAUAAAUAUUGCUAAUGUAUAUUUAGAGAUAAUGUUGGGUCGUUUUUAAAAACGAGGUUUAAGCUCAAAAUAGUUUCAAACUGUUUUAUUAGUAUUAUGUGCUGUACCUAGAUUGUGAGUUAAGAAACGUUUUUAAAUACAGGCUAUAUGUGAGAAUAUUUUCGCGUCUUUAAUUUCAAUCAGUUAUAGAAUAUUAAAACUAUUUCAACAUUAAAAACGGUUGUGAAACCUGAGAAAAAGCGUUUUAGGCGUUGAAAGUUUGUGCAAUACAUUAUUAUUUCAUAGUUUUAUGUCCGUUUGGAUAUUUGUUGCUUAGCAAAAAUAAUUUAAGGUUGCUUCUUUGAUUGUUACUUUCGACAGCAGAUAGCUAGGUUUUUACCUAUAAUAAAUCUCAAAUAAGA